AUGCCUCCCAAGGAUACCAAGAAAUGUACUGCCACCAAGGGCAAAGGCAACAAGCAAGCCAAUGCUGCUGCGAAGUCUGCCUUGAAGGGAUCUCACUCUCACAAAGUCCGCAAGGUCCGUCUUUCGACAACUUUCCACCGACCCAAGACCCUCCAACUCUCCCGUUCGCCCAAAUACCCAAGAAAGUCCGUUCCUCAUCAACCUCGCCUCGAUGAGCACAAGGUCAUCAUCCACCCUCUCAACACUGAGAGCGCCAUGAAGAAGAUUGAGGAGAAUAACACCCUAGUUUUCAUCGUCGAUAUCAAGGCAAAUAAAAGACAAAUCAAGGAAGCAUUGAAGAAGCUCUAUGAUAUCGAUACUGUCAAGAUCAACACCCUUGUCCGACCUGAUGGAUCAAAGAAGGCCUUUGCUCGCCUGACCGCCGACGUUGAUGCUCUCGAUAUUGCUGCGACGAAGCUCGCCAUUGUCUAAAUGUUUGCACAUGCGCUUGAGGCGGAGUGAUGAGAACUGGGGAUUGAGAAAUGGUUAUGGAUUUACCAGCACGAUUCGUGGCUACGAAUCUAGCGGUUGUCACUUGCAUUCACAAGGCGUAAAUGAGAUACAUACCAAUUCAGUGUGCACAAAGUGCUUUCAGACCCC